AUGAGACUAUCGUCCCGUCUUAUCAUCCUGUAUCUGAGUACCACUGACUCAACAGUGGCUGCUUUCUCGAUCAUCAGGCGGCACAAGCCAAAGAAACCGGCUCUCUUUUUGCUGAAAUCUACCCUAUCGGACGAUGACGAUUUUGCUCUGGUAGGGCUCAAUGCUCUCCAACCUACCGAAACACUGGAAUUAUCAUCCUCGACCGUCAGUACCACUCCCAGCCAGAGUGCGUUUGGAGUAGCUCGAAAUAAUGACAAGGGCGCGCCUUCUCCUAAUAGCGUUUCUACACCAGGAUUGACCGAGGACGGCGAUUUUAUUCUGGAAGGAGUCAAUGCUGUGGAUCCCUCGGCUAACCAAGGACUCGAAAAGUACGGAACGCCGUUGUUGAACUCAAACAACAACCAGGGUCGAUCGGAAGGAGGGUUGCUCUCUCAAUUGAGUCUGGCGACAACAAACACUCCACCCUCCAAUGAAGAAGCCGUGGAUCCAAUAGCAGCAGCAAGCAAUAUAUUGACUUCGUUGACCGACGAUGGAGAUCUGGCCCUUCCAGGCUUUAAUGCCAUACCACCCACCCAGGAGAGGCAAGAUGAUAAUCCCCUGAACUCCUACUCGCAGCAACCACUACAACCGCCACUAAUAUCAUCAUCUCCUCCGGCCCCAGUACCAUCGAGACGAGAAAAUUCCUUGCAAGAGGUCGAAGACAUGACCUUUUGGUUACAAGACAUGAUACCUACUCUACGAGACGACGAUUGCAUUCAUUAUGCUGAUGCCUUGGUGUCGUUGGGAUUUGAUCCCGAGUGUGUCACGGCUGGUGCACUGGUCAUGGAUGAUUUGCAUUUCAUGAAGCCACUUCAUCGACGAUACCUCGUCAAGGAAGUUGCAAACAGAAGUAAUAACCAUGUGUAA